AUGUUUAAAUUUGUUUUGUUAAUAUUAAUAAUAAAUAUUGAAAAAAUUCAAACAAAUAGUAUAUUGUUUGAAUGUACAUAUGAUGACAAUGAUUUAUGUCGUUUACAAUCAUUUGAUGGUAUGAAAGAAAUGAUCAUUGAUUCAUCUAGUAAUAUAUCAUAUUAUGAUAAACCAAAUCGACCAUUAUCUGAUGUGUCAUCUAUAUUAAAAGCAACUAAAAAUGGAUAUAUAUGUAAAAUACCUUAUAGAAAACAAUCGAAUUUAAAUGAAAUUUUUUUUUGUUAUAAAUAUUCAUCAAAUUCAAGUAAAUGUCAAACAACAAAUGGACUCGAAGAUGAAUGUCAACAAGGUAAAUAUCAAUUAUUAUUAAUUGAAAAUAAUCAAUAUCGACAAUUUAUAACGCCAAUUAUAAAUUCAACAAAAUAUUCAAUUUGUUUAACAUAUUAUUAUUAUUUAACACGAAAAGAAAAUCUUAUUUUAUCAACUUAUUAUCUUAAUGAAGAAGAUGAAAGAAUAUUUAUUGGUACAAUUGAUCAUACUCAAACUGAUUUUAAUCGAUGGAAUUUUGCAGAACAAUAUUUCAAUAGCAAUUCAAAAUCAUUUCAAAUAAUAUAUGAAAUAUAUAUGAAUGAUAUGUCAAAUCCUUCUCAACCAUAUUAUGUUGCUUUUGAUCAAAUAACUCUAACCGAACCUAUUUAUGGAGAUUAUUUUCCAAUAGAUAAAACUGAAGAUGAUCUUAGAUUUUUAGCGAAUGAGAGAAUAUUUCUAUCAAAUGAUUCUAAUAUUACACAUACAACUGAUGGUUUUCUUACUACAACAUCAGAUGAACAAUUGGAUAAAACGACAAGUCUAUUAUUUAACCAUUCAACUCAACAACGAGAAACUUCAUCUGAUACUUCAACUUGGACGACUUUUUCAUCACAACCAUCAACAACAGCCGCAACUAAUACAAAUAGUAAUAAUGUUGGUACUACUAUUUAUAAUGAUAAUAAUUAUAAUGAUAGUACUGAUAAUUCUGCUACUAUUAGUAGUAUUAGUACUAGUACUAGUACUAGUACUAGCACAAUCACCACAAGUACAAUUACAAAUGCAACAAUACGUGACCCUUCAGGAUAUGAUUUAAAAACUGUUCUUGGUCUUUCAAUUGGCUUAGGAAUUCCAGCUGCAUUAGGAGUUAUUGCAUGGUCAAUUAUAAUUAUUAAUAAAAUAUUAAAUCGAAAGAAAACAAAAGUUAGUCCUACAAAACAUAAAGAUAAGCAUCGUUCAAAGAAAUCAAAAGAUAUUCCUUUAAAAAAACAAGGACAUCAUCAUCGUCAUCAUCAUAAAAAAACAAAUAAAACAAUAGAAAAUAUUGUUUAA